AUGACCGCAUCUUCAACUCUGCCUCCAGAGAUAUUCCGUCAGAUCUUUUCGCUUGUCGCCCGCGACCAGCUCGCAUGCUGUGCCCGUGUGUGCAAGACCUGGUGCGAGCAUGCCACGUCGCUCUUAUACGAGCAUAUCGAUCUGACAUGGCGGCGUCCCAUAAUCAUAUGCGAGCAAAGCUGGGACAACAUGCAGCUCGACACUUGCCCAUGUGAACAAACUGGGGUUUGC